UAUUACGAUUUCGCAGAAGGACACUUGUUGUUUGCUGUAUCUUGUCUGAAAUUUUUAACAAAACACAACAGAAAGGGAAUAAAAGAACACCAUUAAAAUGGGUUGUGUUGUUGGAUCUCUUGCAUGUUGUUGUGGAUCAACUGCAGUCAGCUGCUGUUGUUCGUGCUGUCCAUCAUGUCGCAGCUCAGUUACGACAAGGAUCAUGUAUACCUUCUUCCUUCUCAUUGGUGUCAUCAUAUCUGCAAUAUUAUCAUCAGAUAACGUGGCAGAAAGCUUGAAAGAACAUCUUCCAUUUCAUGAUAAGAUUUGCGAUGAGAGCGGUGGAAAGUGUGAAGAGAUAAUGGGUUACUUGUCUGUGUAUAGAAUUUUCCUUGGUUUUGCCAUAUUUCAUGUUCUUCUCAUGAUCAUCACGCUUGGAGUGAAGUCACAAAAAGAAUGCCGGGCAGGAAUCCAAAAUGGGUAUUGGGGGAUCAAGUUCCUUGUUCUUUUUGUCCUAUGUCUCUGGUCAUUUUGGGUGAAAAGUCAUAAAUUUGCUGAAGCAUGGAUGUACAUUGGUUUGGUUGGUGGAUUGUUGUUCAUUGUGAUUCAGGUGAUGCUGUUGAUUGAUUUUGCUCAUACCUGGAAUGAAGUUUGGACUAACAAUGCUGAAGAGACUGGAAACAAAGGAUGGUUGGCAGCUCUUGGUACAUUCGUAUUUGUGUUUCUUGGUUUUGCCUUGACUGGCUUCAUUCUAGCCUAUGUCUUUACAACAAGUGAAGGCUGCGAUUUGAACAGAUUUAUAAUCAGUUUCAACCUGAUUACCUGCGUUCUUAUGUUGGGGGUUUCCAUUUUACCAAAAAUACAGGAAGUUCAGCCCAAAUCUGGUCUUUUGCAAUCCUCCAUCAUCUCUCUUUUCCUUUCUUACAUCACAUUGACAUCUGUUGCUAACGAGCCUUAUGACUUACCUGAUGCGUCGAGCAACUCCACCUCAACCUCGUGUGAUGUUCAAAGCACAAAUUUUGGAGGAUCUAAAAACACAACCAUGAUUGUUGGGCUGGUUGUGACAUUUGUCAUGAUCAUUUAUUCAAGUUUGAAGACAUCUGGAAGUGCAGAUAAAUUUUCCACAAACACCACUGCUCCAGUAGAUUUAGAUGAAGAGAAAGGCAAAGUUGUAAAUGAUGAAGAGGAAGAAGUUGUCUACAGUUAUUCAUUCUUCCAUUUUAUUUAUCUUCUUGCUGCCCUCUACAUCAUGAUGGUGAUGACAAACUGGGUUGAGCCUGAUGUGUCAGACACAGAGAAUGUUCAAGGGACAUGGGGAGCAUUCUGGGUGAAAAUCAUCACUGGCUGGGUCUGUGUUGUGUUGUACCUCUGGACACUCGUUGCACCCAUUUGUAUGCCAAAUCGGGAUUUCUCAACAUCAUUUGUUAAGGCUUAAGACACAGUCAAGAGAAUGUUUCGAAGCAAGUAAGGUUGUAUCACUUAUAGACUACGUAAUAUAAAAUAAGGUCGUAGGAAUUUAAAUUGUAGUUUAUGUAUAUUCAAUAGUCACUUUUUAUACCAGUAAUAUACCAUUGUUUCUAGUGGCAACAAUAUAUUGUGCCAGCCCCUCAUCAAGAAUGGGCAAUUAGCUCAGUAAUUGUAUUAUGAACUAGUGGAGACUUAAUUAUGAAUUAAAAUCAGACAAUAUAAAGAGCAUUGACACCCAAGUGAUUUUGCAAACUUUUAAAGCAUUGUUGGGAAGUUUAAGUGAUGAUCAAAUAGCUGCUCAGUUUAUGUAUUUUAUUCUUGCCAUUUUACAAAUCAUGCAAAACUAAAUAGGUACUGUAUAACAUAUAAAGUCACAAACACUCUGUUUUAAUAAAAAGCUACCAUCCAGUAUUAAAUUAUUC